UCACGUUCGACUCCUACGUGUGCAACCUCUCAUAGGUUCCGGGUAGCAAAAACGAAGUUUGUUCCUGGAGCUGCCUGUGUUUUGAAAGGAUAUCGAAAACGCAUGAUCUUCUGUGUCAAAAACGUAAUUAUUGAUUAAAUAUCAAAACAUGGCGGUGAACACAGGCACAUCCCUGGUUCUGUCCAGUCUGUUCUCUGUGUUGGUGUUUGCUGGGAUGCAGAUGUUCAGCAGGCAGCUGGGCUCUACAGAGUUGCUCACCAUCCUGGGAGGCUUCUUGGGCUCUGUCCUCUUCAUCUGCUCCCUCACAGCCUUCAGUAACCUGGAAAACCUCAUCUUCGGCAAGGGAUUCCAGGUCAAGAUCUUCCCAGAGAUCCUGGUGUGCCUGUGCCUCUCUCUGUUUGCCUCUGGGCUGGUGCACCGUGUGUGUGUCACCACAUGUCUGAUAUUCUCUCUGUUCGCCCUCUACUACAUCAACAAAGUGUCUGCUGCUCUGUACCAGGCAGCCGUUCCCACGGUAAUGCCAGCCAAGGCUGCCAGCAAGGGCAAGAAAAAGAACUAAGUCACUAAUACCGUCAUCCAAUCAGCAUCCACUACAACGGCUAACCAGGCAAGGGAGAAAUGGUGUAGGUUAGCCAAUGACAGUGUACCCCAGUUUCCUUUUUGUAGGUCGAGCCAACCAGCAUUCUUAGAUAUUUUCCUUGACUUCUUAACUCUAUGAUCACUGAUCUCCAAGGACUGGACACCUCUCAGCAGUAUAGAUAACCUGAGACCAACCCAGCCCAUCCAUACACUGUUCUCAGCAGUAUAGAUAACCUGAGACCAACCCAGCCCAUCCAUACACUGUUCUCAGCAGUAUAGAUAACCUGAGACCAACCCAGCCCAUCCAUACACUGUUCUCAGCAGUAUAGAUAACCUGAGACCAACCCAGCCCAUCCAUACACUGUUCUCAGCAGUAUAGAUAACCUGAGACUAACCCAGCCCAUCCAUACACUGUUCUCAGCAGUAUAGAUAACCUGAGACCAACCCAGCCCAUCCAUACACUGUUCUCAGCAGUAUAGAUAACCUGAGACCUACCCAGCCCAUCCAUACACUGUUCUCAGCAGUAUAGGAAACCUGAGACCUACCCAGCCCAUCCAUACACUGUUCUCAGCAGUCAUGAGGCCUGGGGUGGAGGAAAGGAAGCAGUUUGGGAUCUAGCCUGAAUCAUGUCUCUACAUUCCCUACAUCAUCCCCAUGUACUCAGCACAUGCUUGUCUACAGAUCCAUAUUUUUGAUUGAUGUCCUUUUUGUUUUGGUAUAAAAACUUUGUUGUUAAUGAAUUUGUAAUUAAAACCCAUUGAAAAUAG